CUCGUUAUCCCACAAUGCAAAGCGGUAGUGAAAUGACGUCACCUUAAAAUGGCUACCUCCGCUGUCACGGUGGACGACGUCAAAAAUUUGCUGGAGGAAAGUCUGUCAAAACUCGGAUUUGAAGUGUACUUGUUAAAGGUUGGCUGGUACAACCAUGUGUUGCCCCCCAAACUGCACCUGCCUUACCCGGAUGACUGUCUGGCUGCGGUGGUACUCAGCACUCCCGCCAUGUUCGAGCGAGCCUUCCUUCCCUUCAUGGAGGAGAGAGGCUGCCAGGGGUCUAUCUCUGACCCCAUUGACCAGUGUGUCAAGCACUGUGUCACCUCUGUUGUCUCACAGCGUUUUCCUGGACAGAAGGUGGACGUGAGGUACGACUACGAGCUUCUGCCCAGCAGGAAGCCAAAGUUCUUAGCGCAGACGGCAGCCCAUGUUUCAGGAGCAGCUUUCUACUACCAGCAGUGUGACGUCGCAGACCAUCCCUGGGAGAAUAAAAAGCUGUACGGCGUGUGCGUGCAUCCCACCUUGGGAGGCUGGUUCGCCAUCAGAGCGCUGCUGGUGUUUGAAGACGUCAAGGUGGACUCUGAGGUGGUCCAGCCACCUCCUCCCGAUUGUGUGCCUUUAAGGGAGGACAGGAUUCGGCUGCUGGAGGCGUUCAACUUUAACUGGCAGGACUGGAGCUACAGAAACAUCAUCACGCCCGCUCAGACCUACUCUCAGAAACAGAAGGACUACUUUGCCACUACGCCCGCCGAGCGUCACAGUCUGCUCCAGAGUUGGGGUCUCCUGACAAAUUUGGACCAGCCCCCUGCACCCGAAUGCAGCUCAGAUGAAGAAUGACUCAUAAACCUCACGAAGAAAAAGGAGGUGUGGCCAUUUCCACAUCUAGAUUGGCUGUCCAAGUGUACCAACUUGUUGGGGUACGUCGUCAUCCUUCUACUAUCCAGCUCCGUAGCAUGUCAAGUGAUGCUGGACCAAAAAAGGAGGGGACCUAAUACAGACCCAUAAACUGCCAAGUGGUCCACGGGCCAAAAGAGUCAAAUAGAGGGCAGAGUGUGAAGAUGACAAAGCCGACCAGAGGACAGAGAGGCCAUGAAGGAAAUAGAGUGAAAAAGAGCUGAAGGGAGAAUAAAUGUUCAAUCGCCUGAACAGCCAUGGAAAAAAUAGAGUGGCAUGAAGAGCAAAAAGAGAGAGAGAGAAUGAGAGCAGUUGCAAGCUGACCUUCACUGGCUCCCCACUUAUCCUGUGCCAGAGGAAGACGAGAUCAUACGGAGAAAUGACGGGAAGGCGGAUGGCUGCACGGCGGCGUUGUGACUAACGCCGUAUUUGAGUAAGAGAGCAGCGCGAAGGCGUGAAUGCAGAAAAGGUCAACUAUUCUUAGGCUUGGCCGUGCGCCGUGUGAUGCGUUUAGCUCGAUAAACGUUUCACGUUGGAAGCCUGCGGCUCCUGAUAAGUCUCGCAGGUGAAUAAUAAUAAUGAAAAGUUUUUAGGGAAUCUUCCAAACUGUACUCAAGUGUUGUGUUCUGCAGGUGUGCCUCGCACAAGGACGUGUCCAAAAAGUGAUGUUCACCACAGAAGUUCAAAUGAAAGCACCUUAAAAUGACUGAAAUAUCAUCAUCAUACAUUUAAAUGCAUUAAUGAUUAUUAAUAAUGGUGAAAAAGUUCUACAAGCGGAAAAGAUAUUACCGUAUUUUCUGGACAAUAAGG